GUCCGACAUGUCAUACAGUGAUAUGGGUCGCUCUAUCCUGAAACCGAGGUGGAUCUUCGGGUUUGCUGUUGUGCUCGUAACUCUAAUCACUCUGUUUACACACACGGCGUCUCAUUCAGUUAGCGGUCUAGUCAAUUCUAUCAGCACCACAGUAAGUGCCCUCCAAGCCCAUUACGACCGUAGUUUCUUACCACGGCAACAGAAACCCUCAACCUCCACACUCUCUACACCAUCAAGCAGCAAUGGCAAGGCCGGUCUCCACUACCUCAUCCCAGCGACAAGUAGCAACCGAGACUUCUGCAAGCUUCUCCUCUCCUCUACCAUUCUCGACUAUCCUACUCCUGUCCUGAUCAACUGGGGCGCACAUGAAGAAGCCAAUCCGUACAAACAACAUCUCGCCAAGAUCGAGACCCUUCUUGCUUACAUGAAGAGGCUGAAGCCCAUCAGCAAGGAGGAUGAUCUAGUCCUCAUCCUGGAUGGUUACGACGUCUGGUUCCAAUUGCGACCAGACGUUCUGCUCAAGAGAUAUUUCGAGAUGAACGCGAACCACGAUCAGCGAACCAUUCAGGCCUUCGGCCAAGACGCUUUCGACAGAGGCGACCACCGUACUACCGUCAUUUUCGGCCCCGACAAGAUCUGUUGGCCCAUCGACUUCAGUCGCCCCGCAUGCUGGGCCGUUCCACACACCGGUCUCUCCCCAACUGCAUUUGGCCCCGAAGAGAAUGAUUUCAGGGAGACACACAACGAGCCGAGAUGGUUGAAUUCGGGAACAAUCAUGGGACCUAUUCAGGACAUGAUUGACGUCUUUCAAGCUACUCUCGACCUUGUCCACAAUAACCACACCACAGACUCCGAUCAAUUCUACUUUGCCAAUGUCUUUGGUGACCAGGAAUUCGCUCGUCUGUCUCUGGAUCAAGAGCUCCUGGAGAGCCAGGCCAAGGAGAGAUACCGAGAGGAGUUCCGCACAGAAGAGGAACCCCCUCGCCAGAUUCCCGAAUUUCACGAGGGGCAGAGAACCGAAUACCACAUUGGUAUUGACUACUUCUCGGCCAUGUUUCAGACUUUGGCUUUCUACAAGCAGUUCCUAGCCUGGAUCCGCCCAAGUGACUCCUGGGCAACCAAAACGAACGAGGCUGGUGAUGUUUCUCAAGAAAGAUACAGUUUCAAGGUGGCCAAAGACAUUUCUUCUUCACUCCCACCUUAUGCUGCAUUCGAGGCCUCGCCACCUACGUCCAACAGCUCUGUGGAAUAUCCCAAGUCGUGGGAGGAUGUCGAUCUCUGUGUCAACACCGUCACUGAUCUGGCUCCUGUCACCCUGCACUUCACCGGUGAGAAGGCUCUCCGCGAGUUAUGGUGGGAUAAGUUAUGGUUCUACCAGGAUGGUGAAGAGCUUCGCAAAGCCAGUUUGAGAUUGCCUGAGCGGCCCAUCAGUGAAGAGCCCAUUGCAGGCAAGACGUGGUAUAAGAUCGAGUCUAGCGAUCCAGAGGCAGGACGAGGAGGAGCUUGGGCUGACAACGGUGGUUGGCAUUCUUGGACUUCGCUUUGCAAAAAUUAUGAGGAUCAAAUAUAUCCUCGGAAGACGCUUAAGAAGAAGGUGCCCGUUCAUCAUAAGCACCCGCACCAUCCAAUCGCCAUUACGAUGCCGGUGCAAAGUGUCAUGGAUAAGCUGAAGCAAUGGCAAAGCAGUGGGCCAAAUUAUGAACCGGUUGGCCACCUCGAGGAUGGCCUUGAGAAGGAGCACACCACCAACAAGCGAUCACGACUUCUGAGACCGGCGAUAAUCCUUGGGUCCCUUCUCGCCAUCUUCCUAUUCUUGUCUUCGGGUGGUCAUGACUCCGCUAAACCAAUCGUUUCCUCGAAGGAGACGUUGUUGCCUCCAGCCUACCUCCGGAUGGUUUAUCCUGUGAGAUAUGCUGAUGCCAACUACUGCAAGACUAUUCUUAGCAGCGCCGUCCUGAAUUAUCCGGAGCCAAUGUUGAUAGGAUUUUCGGGCAAGAAGCAGAAAGAGGAAAAUGCUGACUCCACUCUGGACUUGGCCCAACGAAUUUCUCGCAAGACCAGUAUCCUUGGCAUCGACAAGCACCUUAGAAACAUCUCAACAACUCGUGAUGAGGAUCUUGUGGUCAUAGCAGAUGGUCUGAAUACGUGGUUCCAGUUGCGCCCUCAAACACUUCUUGACCGGUACUUUGAAUCGAACAGAAAUGCAGAUGAGCGUAUUAGGAAAGAACUUGGAGCGAAUGCCGACGUUCUGAGUAUCCGUCAAAAAAUCAUCUUCGGUGCUCAAAGGGACUGCUCACCCUGGAACGCAGAGGAUCCAGCUUGCUCUGCAGUACCCGAAUCGUCACUGCCUAAUAACAUCUAUGGACCUCAGACUGAUGCUGAAGCUGAGGAGGGCAAAGAUUCUUUCGCAAAGCAUCGUCCACGAUACAUCAACUCAGGAUUUGCCAUGGGACCCGUGAAGGAAAUGCGUAAGCUCUAUGCUGAGGCUGCGAAGCGCAUCAUAGGCGACCAGCAUCUUCAAGAUGAAGGUAAGGUUCUCGGCCAACUCUUUGCCGAGCAAGAAAUGGCCCGUGAGUCUUACAGGAUCCCCUCGGCCUCGCCCUUUGCACGUCUUGGUUCCUGGCUUUCAUCAUUCUGGGAGAGUGCCAGCGCGGUCGAAGACAGACAGGCCCAGCAGCUGAGAGAAACUGACCUCUCGCGAGAGUACGGAAUCGGUCUGGAUUACGCCAGUGGGCUUGCCUUUGAGGCCGCGCACGCUGACGGCGAUAUGGAAUUCGUCAGGUUUGGAGAUGCGGCAUCAGUGCACGCAGCAAACGCAAAACACGGUAUCGCCGAUAGCCGGAUCAGUCAAAUUGCGCCUGAUGUCGGUGCAUCUUUGCCCCCAUUCUGGACCUACAGCCGGGAAAUUCUUCCUCCUCGUAACACGUCCUGGACCAAUGUUUCUCUCCUUACGAACGCCUGGACUGGCGUCACACCAGCCAUCAUCCAGCAUGACCCGAGCAACCAACGCACCGGUUCCCAACGUGAGACAUGGUGGGCCAACAUCUGGUACCAAAAGUAUGCUCGCAAGAUGUUCGAUGUCCACAUCCAGUCCCCCAUCGGUGCCAUUGCCGUUUCUGGCUACGAUGCUGCAUCUCGCCGUCAAUGGUGGAGCAUUGAAGACUGGAAGGGUGGUGCAAGAAACGAGACCAAGUUCUGGCAUAGAUAUGAAGAUGUGUGUGGAGGCACCGAGACCGAAGUCUUCAGAGACAGCAGAGGUCCGUGGUACCUUCCGUCUAACCAC